AAUUCCUUUAGUUGGUUUAUCGAGGACUGUUGAUGUGAUACCAGCCGUGUUCAAUCAUAGCAUGUGGUCCUCUAAUUUACUUUGUAAAGCUUCGCAUAGGUUUAGUAUGUGGUAUAAGUAUGUGAAUGUGGAUGCAGCAAAGGUGAAUAUGACCUCAGUGAUGAGAUAAAUGCUCAGUUAACAGUCGUCCUCUAGUGGAAUAUUUAAACAAUGCAGUUGUGGUGAAAUUGAGUGUGAGUUAGUCUUUAUAUAGUGCAGAUUCAGUGUUUGUCCAGUAGGUGUCGUUGUGUAAGUGAGCAAAGUCUGAAGGAUGAGGAAGUCCCUAAAGCAGACUGAUGUAGAGACAGAGAUACACACACACAUCAUUCAGCAUCAACAACACACUCAACUCAAGUCACAAUGAAGAUCCUCCUCAUCUUUAUCUUGACUUUACAGCUGAUCUCAGGUCAGAACUCUUCUCUUUCAGCCACUGGAUACUCUGGAGGAAGCCUGAUGCUGGACUCUGGGAAACUCUGGAUCAGUGACUCUGCUAAAUAUCUGGCCAAAUUACCAAACUGGAGGACAAUAAUCAAUGAAACUAAACAUGAGAGAUGGAUUAAUGAAGGAAGAUUCACUCUGUUCCGAAACAAUAAUGGAAACCUCAUGAUCUUCAUCAGAGAUCUGCACACAGAUGAUGCUGGAGAAUACUGGCUCGGUGCUCUUUAUAAUUGGGGUGCAGAUCUGACGUUACAUGUGGAAGAAGACUCAUGUUGUGCGUCAAAAAGAGUGAUCAUGACUGUCGGAGAAACUGGCAGCUUCAGCUGUGAUUAUUCUCAUAAUCAUAUUAAUGAUCCCAAGAUCAUAUUCAAAGAGGAACAGCACUCCAUUAAGAUGAUUUACAGCACACUGAAUAAGAAAGACAGAUUCAAUAUAUCUGAUGACGGACUGAGAAACUCAUUCAGUGUGAGCAUUACUGCCGUGACAGCAGAUGAUGGAGGAGUUUACUUAUGUGGAGUUUGGGUCAACAAACACUCGUACAGUUACUACAUUAUUAAUACUGUACAUCUGCAGAUUAUGAUGUCUCCAGUAGUGAGACGUGAAGGAGAAUCUGCUCAGAUCUUCUGCCCUUAUGAUUCAAUCUAUCAAUCAAAGUCAAAGUCUCUCUGUAAGGGGAAGUGCUCCACUAGAGACACACGUCCUCUGGAUGAGACUGUGAGAGAAGAGAAAGAGAGACUGACUCUGCAUGAAGACGUCACAGCAAGCGUCUUCACCGGGACCAUCACUGGACUGACAGCAGAGGAUGCUGGGAAAUACUGGUGCGCAGUGACAUUAGACAGAGAGCUGAAUUAUCUUUACACUCAUCUGAUGGUCAUCAUCAAGCAGGAGCUGAGCUUGACUAAGUAUGAAGGAGACGACGUGUCCAUCCAGUGCAGACAUCAUGAUGGAGAUCAGAAAAGCUUCUGCAGAGCACAUGAAGCCUCCGCGUGUGUGAAGGAUGGAGAUUCACUGGAGACCAUCAGAGAUGCUCGAUUCUCUAUCAGUGAUGAAGCGUCUGCUGGAGUCUUUACUGUCAACAUCACUGAUCUGAGAGCAGACGACUCUGGGGUGUACUGGUGUGGAGCUCAUGCUGUUACUAAAGUGCAUCUAAACAUCAAACAAGACUUUUCCAUAAUCAUCAUCAUCAUCAUUAUUAUUGUGUGUGUGAUUGUGCUGCUGAUCAGUGGAUUCACUCUAACUAAACGUAAAUCAAGAGGCAAGAGACGAAGUGAUGCUCCAUUAAGGUCAAUCUACUGCACAGUUACCCACAAUCCCCUCUGAUACACACUCAAUACUGCAGCUACCGCACCAGAAACAGAACAAUUCCUUCAUUUUGAACAAAUCUUUAAUGUGACUCAAGAGCAAUGAGUCUUCUCUGUAGUUUGUGAUUUGUUCAUUCCCUCGUGUGCACAUUUGUGAAAGUGGAGAACAUCAUAACUUUUCAAUCCAGAUGGACGGGGCAACCAUUACUGCAUCAAUAAUGGUGAAAAGCCUUGGAGUAA